GACACUGCUAUAGUGAACACUAGAUGGUAACAACUUCCUUUUCUAGGCUUAUACCACAUAAUGAACCUUCAUUAUAGUAUUUUAUACUAUUUUACUGUUGUAGUUAUUUAACGAGCAAUUUAAAUAUAUUAUAAAUAGUAAUAAUAGGACACCGCUCUUAAACCGCAGGCGCGUGAGAUGAAAUGACAACGUCAACACUACAGAAAGCGAUUGAGCUGGUGACUAAAGCCACAGAGGAGGACAAGGCCAAGAACUAUGAGGAGGCGCUGAGACUCUACCAACACGCCGUGGAGUACUUCCUACACGCCAUCAAAUAUGAAGCACACAGUGACAAGGCGAAGGAAAGCAUACGUGGGAAGUGUAUGCAGUAUCUGGACAGAGCCGAGAAACUCAAGGACUACUUGAAGAACAAGGACAAACAGGGCAAGAAGCCAGUGAAGGAAACACAGAGCAAUGACAAAAGUGACAGUGACAGCGAGGGAGAAAAUCCAGAGAAAAAGAAACUCCAGGAGCAUCUGAUGGGUGCGAUUGUGAUGGAGAAGCCCAAUGUGAGGUGGAACGACGUGGCCGGACUGGAGGGGGCAAAAGAAGCCCUGAAGGAAGCUGUCAUUCUACCCAUCAAAUUUCCACACCUGUUCACAGGCAAGCGCACCCCAUGGAGGGGCAUUCUCCUGUUUGGGCCGCCCGGCACUGGGAAGUCUUAUCUGGCCAAAGCUGUCGCCACCGAGGCCAAUAACUCCACCUUCUUCUCCGUGUCUUCAUCGGACCUCAUGUCGAAGUGGCUCGGCGAGAGUGAGAAACUGGUGAAGAAUCUGUUUGAUCUGGCUCGCCAGCACAAGCCCUCCAUCAUCUUCAUCGAUGAGGUGGAUUCUCUCUGUGGAUCCAGAAAUGAGAAUGAAAGUGAAGCUGCUCGGAGGAUCAAGACAGAGUUCCUGGUGCAGAUGCAGGGUGUUGGUAACAGCAGUGAUGGGAUAUUAGUUCUCGGUGCUACUAACAUUCCCUGGGUCCUUGACGCUGCUAUUCGCAGGAGGUUUGAGAAGCGCAUCUACAUCCCCCUCCCCGAGGAGCCUGCGAGGUCGGCCAUGUUUCGCUUGCACCUGGGCAACACUCCUCACAGUCUGACUGAGGCAGACCUGCGGCAGCUGGCCCGCAAAACAGACGGGUACUCUGGAGCCGAUAUAAGCGUCAUAGUAAGAGAUGCUCUCAUGCAGCCGGUCAGGAAAGUGCAGUCCGCCACGCACUUCAAAAAGGUGCGAGGGCCAUCUCGCAGUAACAGCUCUCUGAUGGUGGAUGACCUCCUGACCCCGUGUUCUCCCGGUGACCCUGAGGCCAUAGAGAUGACCUGGAUGGAUGUACCAAGUGACAAACUACUGGAGCCCAUAGUAUGCAUGUCUGACAUGCAGCGCUCUUUGGCCACCACACGCCCCACCGUCAACAAAGAAGACCUGCUGAAGGUGAAGAAGUUCACAGAGGACUUUGGACAGGAGGGCUGAACCACACCACGCUUUCAGUUCUAACAUCGAUUCAUAUGUAGCCGUCCCAACUCAACCCGGACAACCACCGCAAACUGAACAGCAGGAGCAUGUGAUCUAACAUCUCUAAUCGCCCGACUCUAACAUUAAACUGAUUAAUGUGAUGUUCAGUAAUCCAGAAGCAUGAAGCUCGCUGUAAAUUGUUUUAUGUUUACAUUUACAUGAUCGAAUUUGUUGAAGCGUUCAUUUUAUGAAGUUGUUUUGCGUGUCUGCCCUUUAUUUCGAACGGGCUUCAACAUUUCAGCUCUCACUGCUGACUAUUUAUUUGAAUUUAUUCUCAAUACUUUGGAUUGUUUUGAGCUUCUUUAGUAAGCUUUAUCAGUAUCUAUUGUGUCCAGCUCAGUAUUGCAGCACUUUAAUUUAUGACCUGGGUUAGUCUCACCAAGCCUGAGUCACUUUCUGCCCUCAAUUAAAAGGAAGGAAAUGUAUUAUUAAUGCUGAUGAUUUUUAUCUCUAAUAGAAGUUUUGCUUCAUGAAAAGUGUCACAAUGCAAAAAAAAAAAAAAAAAAAAAUCUUGAUAGUACUAAAGUAGGCUUGAUCUUCUUUAUUCAUAUUGUAAGGAAAGAAAAUCAAGCCUAUUUUCCAGAUUUGUUUCGGCCCUGGAUAUGUGUUUGACAACCUCACCAUCUACAUUUCACUGUAUGUUAUUGAUAGCUGAAGAAAACCACGUUGACCUGAUAAAACAUGAC